GCGUAGGCCUGGGCCGCGCCGGGGAGGCCGUGCCCGCUGCGGGAGGGGAGUCGUCCAUUAAUAGGGCUGGGGACUGCAGCGGGGGCGCUGCCGCCGGGGGAGCCCAGCCCGGCAGCAGGCGGAGAUGGCGGUGGCGGGAGCAGCUGCGGGGCCGCAGCGGCAGCUGGAUAACGGUUCCUUGGAGAUAACGCAGAGCACAGAAGAUGAUCCUCUGCUCGAUGCACCACUUCUUCCACCUCAUGCAUUACAUUCCCAACUGAGACCGAGAUUCCAUGCUAUUCCUACAGUCUUGAUUGCCAACUUUCUGUUGCUUAUAAAUGUUGCUUUUGUUGUCUUAGUAUUUUUAGCAGGUAUAUAUUGUUCUUAUGUAAACCCAAAUGAGGACGAAUGCCCCGGAAACUACACCAACCCACUUAAGGUGCAAAGUGUCAUAAUCAUUGCAAAGGUAAUUCUGUGGAUUCUGCAUGUUGUCUUUGAACGAUAUCUUCAGCAUCAGCACAGUAAAGUCAGAUGCAGAGGAUACCUCGUGAUCUACCGAUCAACAAGACAUCUUAAAAGACUGCCACUCCUUAUACAUUCUACAGGAAAUGCAGCCCUGCUUCUGAUACUGUCAGCUCAGCAUUCCUUUCCUAACUACAGUAAAAAGUAUCUCUACCUUAUCCUUGGAGUCUUGUGUCUGGAGCUGAUUUCUUCUUUGACGUGCAUAGUCGUUUACACAGUGAAAAUAAGCAAUUUCAACAAGGCAAGGCCAAGGCCUGAUAUAAUUGAAGAAGAAAAGAUGUAUGCUUACCCCAGUCACAUUACUUCGGAGAUUGGAUUCAGGGAAAGCUCAGGUUUGGAAGAAAUAGUUGAAAAGCAAGGAGAUGUGAUAGACUAUCUCCAGCGACACAAUGCGCUGCUCAGCAAGAAACUACUAGCACUAACAUCACAGCAAAUCAGAGGUUAGAAAUAUCCAGGAAGCUGCUGCUGCAUUUCAAGAGGAAUCCAAAGCAAUGUAAUUUGAUUUGGAGGACAUACAACUCCACUUGAUUACUGUCUCUAAUGGAAGUAGUAUAGCUCUCAAGUUGGAAGUAUGCAUUCAUAUUAGAAAUGUAAAAUCUGCAGCUGGAGAUACUGACUAGUCUGAACAGACACUUUCUUUGAGGACAUUAACUUUUGCUGGGCUGAAGUUGGACCUGAGCUCCCUGACUAAACUUUGUUUUUAUGUUGUUCAAUUGAGAUUUUUUGCACAGCUGUAACAAACUCCAAACUACCGAAGUCUUCUGUGCUUCUAAAACCCAAAUGUUUGUUUUCCAGAAUGAAACGUUGCAAGGUAUGGACCCUCCUGACUUUCUGGGUUUCUUAUUGUAGAGGUUAAGAUGAAAUCAAAUAUUGUAACAUGCUAUAACUGUGCUCCGCGUCUACCAUGUUGAGUUUUUAAAGGCUAUUUGUUUCAGUAUUCCCUAAACACAUGUUUACAGUUGGAGUGGAAGAGUCUAUAGAGUAAAUUGAAGAGACUCCAUUUCUGGAUCAGUGUCUUUUGCUGUUGUGGUGGGUUUUUUUGUUUAGUUUUUUUUCCCUUUGACUUAAAAAGGGUGACUACACAAAUGGGGAAAUGAAGCAAAGAUGAAGAAUCAGGUGUCUGGUCUAAAACACAUCCAGGUCUCUCCUUUGUAUGCAGGAAAAGCAGGAUUUCACUUCUCUAAGCAUAGUAUGAAAAACUAGACUUGCAGACACUUGAUCAAAUUGAUGGCUGAUCAAGCAUCUAAACAGAAUUUCAGUGUAAAAUGUCUAAAUCCGAUUUUUAGAGCUGUCCUAAGUAUUUGUGGCUUUUUUGCUGAACUUUUUCCAAAAACUAUAAAUAGGAACUGUUCUACAUACCAAAAAGCAUCAGCAUUAAAUAUUUAUAUUUGGAGAGAGCUUUUUUGUAAACUACUCUUUAAAAUUGUUGUGUUGACACUUUAGUUCAAUACAUGAGAAUUUACAGUGGUGGUUUUUUUCUUCCCCUUAAGAUGGUGCACUGUUAAGUUAGAGUCUGUAAAAGGUGCUACUGUUGCAGUUGCAAUGAUAGCGGCUUAUACAGUUUGACGACCUUUCUCUAAAGUGUUGUCAUUUUGACUCUGAAGCCAAUGGGGUCAUACCAUGAAUGGGAAUUGGAUUAGAAUUUUCAUUACUCAAAAUGUCUGUAAACAUCCACCUCUAUGUACUUGGAGUGGAUUCUCUAGAGAAGCUGGUCCUUAAGCCUGAACACCUGCCUGCUCAGGUGACAGUGGAGCAUACCCAGACCACUCCCUGAAACUUGCAUUAAAAGCCAGAGAACCAUUCUCUUCUGAGUUUCUGCCACCUUUGUUUUCCAAACCUUACCCUACCCAUUGUGUAUCCUACUCGAUAUUUCAUGGGGAGACAGGCUAAGUAGGAAGAAUCUCAGUAUAAUGCUGGGAGUGGUGGUCAUCUCAGAACACCAAAGGAAAAUUUACCCCAUCCUGUCUUGGUUCUGGGACACAACUAGGUGUCCAAUUCUAUUGUAAUCACUCGGAGUAAUGAAUAACAUACAGUUCUUGUAGUUGAGGGACAACAGGAAAAUUGGAGACUUGCUGCUAUCUAACAUUAUUCUUUUCUCCCUAGCUGUAUUUUUUUAAAAUACAGCUGAUUUUAUACUGGAUAUUUGAGGGAUAUGUGAAUCUUUGUUUUUAGAACACUCGGGUUUUGAUGUAACUGCAUGUAACCAUUUGUACAUAUAUCUGUCUGAAAAGCUGAGAAUGUGACUGAAGUUCAUGCACAAUAAAUGCAACUAAGGAAAA